UGUAGCAGUCUGGAGUGAGGUGAGCGGAAAAUUUGUGGUGCCUUAGGCAAAAGCUGUAUGGAUGCACCCACAGAACGAAGAGCCUUGACUGUGACUCCCAUAUUACUCGAAGUGAUCUGGCUUGACCAGUCCUUGGUCGCAUAGCAAGGGGAGGGGCGGAUCAGCGGAAAACCUGCCUCUGCAAUGGCGCCGAAGGGUAAGAAAGGAGCUACGAAAUCUAACAAGGCUGAAGAGGAACAUGACGAGCCACUACAAGCGGUCGUGCUCGCGGACUCAUUUGAGCAGCGUUUCGAACCGUUCACGAUCGAGAAGCCACGAUGUUUGCUCACGUUGGCCAACACGCCACUGAUCGAAUAUACCCUUGAAUUUCUGGCUGGUUCAGGCGUGGAAGAGGUCUAUCUCUACAGCAGUAACCAUACCGACCAGGUCGAAGACUACCUCAACCAUUCACGCUGGACCCAGGAGACCUCGCCAUUCUCUCUGGAGAUCAUACGUUCAACUUCUACUUCCAUAGGCGACUGUAUGCGGGAUUUGGACCAGAAACAGCUCAUCAAAGGCGACUUCAUCUGCGUUUACGGUGACGUCGUCGCCAAUAUCUCGCUCGAAGGCGCACUGGCUAUGCACAAGGCUCGACGAGAGAAGAAUAAGAACGCCAUUAUGACCAUGGUACUUCGCGAGGCGGGUGACUAUCACCGAACCAAAAGUCAGCAUAUGCGCCGCUGCUUCGUCAUCGACGCCGAGACGCAGCGGUGCGUACACUAUGAGCAGGUUCGGCCUCGAGAUUCGCCCCGCCUCAACAUACCUGAGGAGGUGCUCAAGGAUCAUGUCGAGAUCGACGUUCGUGAGGACCUCAUCGACUGCGGCAUCGAUAUCUGUACGCCGGAUGUGCUGGCACAGUGGAGUGACAGCUUCGACUGGAAGAUGCCACGGCGCGACUUCCUGCACGGCGUACUACAGGAUUAUGAGACAUUCCAACGUACAAUCCAUGCCCAUGUCGUAUCCGAAGGGUAUGCGGCGAGGGUCAACAAUCUACGGGCGUAUGACGCAGUGAGUCGAGAUGCAGUAAGCAGGUGGACUUAUCCGCUUGUUCCCGAUUGCAACCUGCUUUCCGAUCAAACGUAUCAUAUGUCUAAAGGCGUCGUGUACAAAGAGGAAAGCGUAAUGCUUGCUAGAUCUAGCUUAGUCGGGAAGAAGACUGUACUCGGUAAGGCGACAUCACUCGGCGAAGGCACUGUGGUCAACAACAGUAUUAUUGGCAGACGAUGUGUGAUUGGCAAGCGAGUCCAAAUGGAUGGCGCUUACGUUUGGGAUGAUGCCCGCAUCGGCGACGACAGUGUGAUAAAUGGCGCAAUCAUUGCUGACGGAGUUUCCGUUGGCAAGAAGUGUCACGUCAAACGAGGCGCGCUGUUGUCAUAUGGUGUCAGCGUUGCAGACGGCACAACCAUUAGCGAGAACACGAGGGUUACAAGACGUAAGCGCAAGCGCGGCUACGAUAGUGAUGAUGUUGUGCACGGCGUCACGGACCCCAAGGUAGUAGGAAAGGGCGGUGAAGGCUUCGAGCUGGAAUUGGAUAUGGAGGAAGAGGACGUGUUGGAAGCGCUCAUGGCCGGCAUUCAGCACACUGAUCUCACCGAAGACGGCGAUUACUCAGAUUUUCAGUAUGAGGAUGAAGAAGACAUGGCACAGGAGCACGCUCAUGACAUGACCUCUCGAUCUGGUAGCUUCGGCUCGGUUGGCUCUGAAGAAAGCGGCGAAACGAGACGUAACGCGGCGGACUUCCAUCACGAGGCCUCAAAUAGCAUUUUCGACUCAUUACAGAAAGGGCACGACCCCGACAACAUCCAGCUCGAGCUUAAGGCGCUGCGGAUGUCCAGCAACGCCGGUGACAGCCAGGUUCGGCGUGCGGUGGCAGUAGCGUUCAGCAAGCGCAUAGCGAACCUCGUCGAGGCUGGUAAGUCACCUAAAGAUGCUGUGGCGGAGGCGAUUAGUCCGAAUCAGAGAUUGGUUCGCGCGUGCGUGAAGGCGGUGGAAGAGCAGGCGGAGUUCAUGUUGUUCCUGCAGACGGACUUGGUGCACCGGCCGCAAGGCAGUAAGACACUCUUGUUCGCGAGCAAUACUUUGGCGACGCAGGAUCUUGUCGAGGCUGAAGGAUUCGAGCAAUGGUGGGAAGAUGAACGAAGUAGUGCGAGUGAAGAUCUAAGAGCAGUAAGGGCGGAAACGAAGCAGCUGGUGGAUGUCCUUGUUGGUGAUGAUGACGAGGAGGACGAGGACGAUGAUGACGACGAAGAUUGAAGGGUCCACGCUAUACAAUGUAGUGACAGUGCUGGACACAGCACGGAGCCAGAGGCUAGGUACUCCGGGGAUCCGCACAGUCGUCCCUUCCGCAUUCGAAGAGCUUUCUCGCAUCCACACAAGAACAUUGGCAAGGAUACAGUGGUCAGGUGUAAAGAGGCUGUGAUGCUAGCGGAAACCGUCUGAGUUGAUACGAUCCUGUGCGCCAUCUUGCGGCUUCAACAUAGUCGCCUCGAUAUUAAACCUCCUCGGCCUGUCGUCGAUUUGUCCGUUCAUACACGGCUGCUGUAGCCGAAUACUUCGUUCCACAGCUCGCGCCAUCCAGUGGAGCCUUGCGCUUCGUCGCCGUAGCACAGCUUCGUCAACUCAUCGUAAGCCUUUCGCAGCU